AUGGAGAAGCUCUCGAAAUGCUCGAAGCUUGAGGGCGACCCAGAGAUCGAUUUGAAUGAUAAAUCGGAUCAAAUAAACACCGAAUGGGGUGCAUUUGGAGACGAUGGAGAGAUCGAGGACCUGAGGACAGAGUUCGACAGACAAGUCGAUGAGGAGACCAUCAAUCCUGGACAGCAACUGUUUCUAAAAAUGUCAUCCGGAAUGUAUUUGGGUGAUUUGGUCAGGCUGAUCCUCGUUCGAUUGGCCAGAGAGAACCUUCUAUUCGAUGGGAAAACGGAUGGAAUCUCGGAGAAGGGGGUCUUCCUGACGGAGUACAUAUCGGAGAUCGAGAGAGAAUUUCUCGAAGACGACGACCAAAUCUUCUCGAAAACCUUUCAAAUCCUCAAAUCGAUGGGCAUCGACGAAGUGACAAAACUCGACUGUGUUUGUACGCUUGUCUCAACAAGAGCAGCCCACCUCAUAGCUGCGGCCACAGCAGCACUCUUGAAUCGAAUGGGCCGCCAAUUUGUGUCGAUUGAAAUCGACGGAAGUGUUUACAGGUUUCAUUCAACAUUCUCUCGACUAUACGACAAAAAGCUCUCUGAGCUGAUCGAUAUGCACUUGAAGUACCAACUCGUGCUCUCAAUCGACGGAUCUGGCCAAGGGGCUGCCUUGGUGGCUGCUGUGGCUGUGAGGAUAAAAGAGGCAAAGAAAAAUGAAAGCAACCAA